CAGUCACAUGACUCCACGGGCAGAUUUGCUUGAUGAGGUAAAACCCCCUGGGAAGAUCAAGUAUGUGGCAGCAGCAUCAGGUGCUUUGCUCCCUGUCAUUGGUGUUGGGAAUGCCAAGGUUAAGGGAGCUAAUGGGGAGCUUGUGGGGCUUGGGAAUGUUCUGCUGGUUGAAGGCUUGUCUGCUAACCUUCUCUCUGUGCGACGACUGCAGAAGAGCAAGGCCGAAGUGACCUUUGGACCAACCAGCUGCCGUGCUAAGCUUGGGAAGAAGGUGCUGUGGAGUCUGGAAGAGGAGACCAGCUGCAUCAAGGACCUGUGGCAGCUGCCCAUCAUCCCAUGGAAUGGGAAGACUCCAACAGCAGCAACGACAGCAGCGGCAAAGGCAACAGCAGGAGGAGAUGCAACUGCACCAACUGAUGGGGUCCUGGAAGCAGUCAAGAAAGUGCAGCAGCAGCAGACACAUGGUGAGGUGCUUGCUGGUGUGGAUGCGAGUGCGGCAUGGGCUAAGGCUUCAUCAAGGAGUGGAGAGGCCGAUUGGGAGACAUGGCAUGAGAGGCUGCGUCAUGUGAACUUCCCUAUGCUGCAGAAGUUGGUGAAGGAUGGGAGCCUGAAAGGAUUGGAGAGCAAGGGGGAGGUGGCAGCGGCUGUCCUUAAGGAGUGGAUGCCGAGAGCUCAGAGGGAAUGUGGACACAAGGUGAAGGUGAUCCGCAGUGACAAUGGUGGGGAGUUCAUUGGAGCUGAUUUUGAGGGGGAGUUGAAGAGGAAGGGGAUCCAGCAUCAACUGACAGUGCCCUACAACCCGCAGCAGAAUGGCGAGAAAAGAGGGAAGUUGGAGGCUUCUGGAAGAUGGGGUGUGCACUUGGGGAUUGCAAAGGAUCACAAGGGGUGGCUGCUAUGGGACUUGACCACCCAGAAGUUGACAGUGUCAAGGGAUGUGAAGUUUCUUGAGUCCCUGUACUACAAGGAAUGGAAGCAGCAGCAACAGAAGCUUCCAUCUACACCGCUCAUUGUGGAGGCAGAUGAGGUGCAGCAGCCUUCAAGACAGGUGGAGGUUGCAGUGUCAGAGGAGGAGAUGUCUGGGGUGACUGAGGAAGGGGAGCAGCUGAAGUAGAGCAGCAGCAGCAGCAGCAGCAUGAGUCUCCACCUCGAGUUCCACACCCGCCUGAGCGACCUAGGAGGGAUGUGCGCCCUCCUGUGAGGCUGACCUAUGGGGGAAGAGGCAAGCCA